AUGCUCACCAUCGAGAACAUCGAGGUCACCUAUCACCACACGCUGCAGGCCCUGCGGGGCCUGUCGCUCGAGGUGCCGGAGGGCAAGAUCGUGACGCUUCUGGGCACCAAUGGCGCCGGCAAGACGACGACGCUCAAGGCGGCCUCGAACCUGUUGCAACUCGAAAACGGCCAGAUCGGCGACGGACGCAUCAUCUUUCGCGGCCAGUCCACAAAGGGCGUGCCGCCGGACAAGCUCGUCCAGCGCGGCAUGUUCCACGUCCGCGAGGGGCGGCACAUCUUCACCGAGAUGACCGUCGACGACAAUCUGAUCGCCGCCUCCUAUGCGCUGGACGGGUCGAGCCGGAAGCCCGACUAUGACAAGGUUUACGACUUCUUCCCGCGGCUGCGUGAGCGGCGCGGCCAGAUCGCCGGCUAUCUGUCCGGCGGCGAACAGCAGAUGCUGGCAUUCGGGCGCGCGAUGAUCGCCCAGCCGCGCCUGAUCCUGAUGGACGAACCCUCGCUUGGGCUUGCGCCGAAGAUCGUCGAGGAGAUCUUUUCGACCAUCAGGCGACUCAAUGAAGAGGACGGCGCAUCGAUCCUGCUGGUCGAACAGAAUGCCGGCGUCGCCUUCCAGGUCGCCGACUAUGGCUACAUCAUGGAAAGCGGGCAGAUCGUGCUCGAGGGCCCGGUCGCCAAGCUGAAGGAAGACCCCGACAUUCGCAGCUUCUAUCUGGGCGUUGCCGAGCGGGGCACCGGGCGCCAGAGCUUUCGCGAAGACGAAGCGAUGCGCUACGACGUCUCCACAUUCGCCGACAAGGGCUUCCGGCCGCUGGUUGCCAUCGUGUCCGAACAUGCCCGGUCCCACCCGGACGCCGUCGCCAUGCGCCAGAAACGCCACGGCAUCUGGAACGAGAUGACAUGGGCCGGCCUUGAAACGACGAUGCACGCCAUGGCCGCGGCGCUGAUCGAUCUGGGUGUCGGCAACGGCACCCAUGUCGGCAUCCUGUCUGAGAACCGCCGCGAAUGGGUGCUGGCGCAAUUGGGCAUCAACGCCGCAGGCGGUACCGUCGUCGGCAUGUAUCCGACGAGCCCCGCCGCCGAGAUCGAACAUCUGGUCAACGCGUCGGACACCGAGAUCCUGUUCAUCGAGGAUCAGGAACAGCUCGACAAGAUCAUCGAACUGCGCGGCAAGCUGCCAAGACUGCGCAAGCUCGUCAUCUUCGAACCCAAGGGCACGCAGCACGAGACCGAACUGGGCCUGAUCAGCUUCGACGCGCUUCUGGAAGCCGGCCAUGCCUCGAUCGCCGACCAUGGCGCCGAGAUCGAUGCCCGCAAGGCGUCGAUCCGGCCCGACCAGACCGCCAUGAUGGUCUUCACGUCCGGCUCGACGGGCCUGCCCAAGGCGGCCGAGAUCAGCCACAGCAACCUUUAUGUGGCCAGCACGCAGGCGGCCAAGAUCUUUGCCGGCUUCUCGCCGGGCACCAACAUUUUGAGCUAUCUGCCGCUGUGCCACAUCGCCGAGCAAAACAUGACGGUGAUCAACGCGCUUACCGGCCAGUUCGUCAUGAAUUUCGGCGAAUCCCUGCGCACGAUCACGCUCGAUCUGCGCGAUGUCGCCCCGCAGAUCUUUUUCGGCGUGCCGCGCAUCUGGGAGAAGAUGCAGGCGGGCGUGAUGGUCCAGGCCAACACGUCCGGCCGGGUCCGCCGGGCGCUCACGAUGGCGGCGCUGGCCUCGGCGAAAAAGCGCGGCGACACGCCGCGCCGCGACUGGUCGUUGGCCCAGCGCCUGGAGAACGCCUUCUGGGACGUGCUCGUCUACCGCCACAUCCGCAGCUAUCUCGGCCUCAGCCGCUGCCGUUUCGCGAUCACCGCGGCAGCGCCCAUCUCGGUCGAUCUCGUGCAUUUCCUGCGCGGCAUCGGCGUCAAUGUGCGCGAGAUUUGGGGCAUGACGGAAACCACCGGUGCGGCCAGCGUCCAGCCCGACUGGGGCGGCAGCGAAGGCCGCGUCGGCUUCUUCCUGCCGGAGGUGCAAUGGCAGAUCGCCGACGAUGGCGAACUGCUGGUCAAGUCGGGCCUCGUCUUCAAGGGCUAUUACAACAAUCCCGAGGCAACGUCGGAGACCAUCACCGAUGGCUGGCUGCACACGGGCGAUGUCGCGGAAGCCGCGCCCGACGGCUCGAUCUCCAUCGUCGACCGCAAGAAGGACAUCAUGAUCAACGCGGCGGGCAAGAACUUGGCGCCGUCGCUGAUCGAGAACACGAUGAAGGCCUCACCCUUCAUCAAGGAAUGCAUCGUCAUCGCCGACCGGCGGCCCUAUGCCGUCGCGCUGAUCCAGCUCGACAUGGACACGGUGCGCCUGUGGGCUGAAUCGAAAGGCAUCGCUUACACAACGUUCCGUUCGCUGGCUGAAAACGCCGACGUCAAGGCGCUGAUCGACCGCGAAGUCGACAAGCAGAACCAGCUUCUGGCGCGCGUCGAGCAGGUCAAGAAGGUCUGGCUUUUGCCCAAGGAACUCGAUCAUGACGAUGGCGAGGUCACCGCGACCAUGAAGGUGCGCCGCGCCAAGAUCUACGAUUUCUACGGCACCGAGAUCGAGGCGCUCUACGACAAGGCGCCGGCGAACUGA